CGAAGUACGGUCUUUUGUCAGUCGUCGGCCCCGACAAUGAAUCGGUCGGGUGAAUAACCGACAAGCGUCCCGUAUCGAAGGUAGCCCGCCCCGAACACCGCCAAUAUAACCUCCAAAUGCGUACAUCGUCGUUGUGUCUUAUCAAGUUUUUAUCAAUUAAAAAAAAAUUCUUUAGUGCAUGUUUUUCGUGUUAGUGAAACUGUGAAAGACUAUGGCUUAAGUUCGGAACGAAUCCGGCACCGCGAAAGAUUUCAGACUUCUCCCCAAGAAACUCACUUAUCGCCGUUCGCCAUGGACGGUGAAGACUUUUUGACGGAUCAACAGGCAAAGUUUGAUGAUGAUUUCGAAGAAGAAAUUUAUGAUGAAGACAAAUAUGAUGCUCUUAAUGAUGAGACUUUUGGGAAUGAUAUGUCAGACGGUGAUUGGGAAGCAGAUCAUGAAAAAUAUGCUAAAUACGAUGAAGUUAUUAAAAAAAAAUGGCCUGAUGGAACAGAAGUCAAUGAUUAUUUAGCCAACUCGAUUCCACCUGAUCCAAAUGUAUUCACCGAGUCUUUAAAAACAUUACCAGAUCUAGAAAGAGAACUAAGACAGUUACAUACAUUUAGCCACCAAUAUGAAGUACCGCCUUUACCAUUACCUUUCCAAUAUCAAAAUAAUUUUAAUUUUGUUAAUCAAAAUUAUGGUAUUAAUCUACCAAGUAAUAAUUGUGGUCCAAUUAGAAGACCAAUUCCAGUUCAAGGGUCAAAUCCUAUACCACACGUAAAUAAUUGCAUAAUGUUUUUCAACGCACCUCCUGGGUUCAGAGAAGUAAAUGUAAAUGGACAUAUAGACGAUAUUUUGACUAAACCUCCACCAAAAGUAAUUUCAUCAGCCAUAAGUGUAGCUGACUUGGAAAGACAAUUGAUCGAUGCUGUAAAAGUAAGCCCAUCUUACAACCGUCCUGUACCAGAGGUAAACCAAGGAUAUUUACCUUUUUCUCCGUACUAUAAACGUGAAAUUCCUCAGUACAAUUUACCAAACGUUCGUGUUGUACCAAAAAAUUUUCCAAGGAAUAACAAUAACGUUCCAAGAAACCUUAUAAAUAAUGUUAAAAGAUUUAAUACCAACAUGGCAUAUCAAAAUUUUCCUAAAAUGAAGAAUUACACAUUUGAUGAGCAGUCGGAUUUUACUGAUUAUGGUGCUGGGUUUAUGACGGUGAGAGAAAAACAUUGGUUGGCCGGAAUACAAACUAUACAGUUCCAUAAUAGUAACCCAUUAGAAGAAGAUUACUAUUUUACGAUGUAUCAAAAGCGUCAUCAUGGUUCAAGUGGGCCAAAACCCAACAGUAAUUUUCAUCAACCAGAUACGCAAUCCAGAUUUAACAAUUCAUAUACACAAUUACACUUUGAAAAUUCUUUAGGAAAAGUCUUGAUUGGCAGUGUGAUAACUCCAAGAAAGAUGAUCGAUAUAGAAACAAAUGAUUUUGCACCCUCUUCUGCAUCCUCAACAGACCGAGUUGCAGUUGCCCAAAAAAACUCAAAACAAAUCCUUUUAGAAAUUGAACAUAUGUAUAUUCCACUUCUGAAAAUAGAACAAACAUACUAUGCAAUAAGGAACAAAGCACAAGCAGCACCAACUGUACAACAAUACAUUGAUGAACUAACAGAAAUUUUGUCUAACCAUUUACAUCACUUAGUUUCAUAUGUGACUAUACGUAAAGGAAAACAAUUGGUACACAGAAUUUUACCUCAUCUCAAAAAUCCGUCAUUUUUAUGGAGUGUAUUUUUCGGCCCUUCAAUUUGUACAAUUAUUUCAAAAGACAAUGAAGAUCAAUUAUUGUUACUAUUUUUACCGUACAUAAGACAAUGGAUAUUUUGCUUAUGUCUUCCGGAAUUGAAUCAAAUUGCAGAGUAUUUAAUGAAAAAUCUUGCAUUUGUUUUGAUAAGUGUUUUUGGCAUAUCAGUUAUAGCAAAUAUGAUUGAACGAGCAGAAGAAGUUCGACCCACAACAGAACGAAAAGUAUUGAAACAAUGGAGUAUUUUCAUUAGCAAUGUUAUAUUAGUUGGUUCAGAAAAUACAAUACAAAGACCAGUCAUUGGUUUGGAUAAAAAAAUUAUUGAACAGCAUCUGACAUACUUGCCGUUAGACCAAUCCGUUACAAUUGAAAAAAAAUUAAACCUUAUUCAAAGAAUUAGUUUCUUGGGUGACACAACUAAGAAAUAAUCACAAUUCAUGACAUAUAUGAUUUUACUUUUUUGUAGUAACAAUGGUUAUCAUUAUCACUGCAUAAAAUGAUACCACAAUAUAUAUAUUUCUUUGAGAAUCUUAGGGAAAAUUGUAAUCUCUCUUGCACUAUAUUUUCUGGAUAUCUGAACGUUGGUGUUGUAUAUAAAGUUGGAAGUUUUUUGAUUCAAUACUAUUAAUCUUAUUGUGCAUUGUUAAGCACUUGAGAUUUUGCUAGGUUUACUAUACAUUUUUCACCAUAAAACAUGGUUUAUUUUUCAUUUUUACUUUAUAUUUGUUCCCAGCUCAUUAAUACUUAGUACAAUACGAAACAAUUUCUUAAUAUAAUUAGUUAAUUUUUAUGUUGAUAAUCAUUUUAUCAAAGUAUAAUUUUAAUUUUGCAUUAAAGUUAUUUUUUAUUAAUACUUAUUUUUACAUUAAUGUGGUUCCAAUGAUAAUAUUAAUUAAAGGAACAUUUUUUUUUUUAUAAUUUCUAUUAGUUAUUUUCAGAAAAUGAUAUUUAAAUAAUAUACUAACCAAUUUCUUAAUAUCAUAAUUCCUAAAUAUUUUUUAAACUUAAUUUAUUCUAAACAAUGAUCCAAUGUACAUUUUUUUUUGUAUUAUCAUUAUUUAAAAUUGAAUUCACUAAUUAAUAUCUUCUAAGUAAUUAAAUGUGUAUGAAAUAUUUACCAUUAAUUAUUAAAUAAUUUGAGCUCUAAAUAUUUUGUCAUCUACAGUAGAUAUAAAUCCUAUACAUUUAUUGAUAAGUUGAAACACGUAUGGUAAGUGAACGUGUUAGUUCAUAAUCAAUGAAACUAAUUUCUGAAUGAAAUUUAAGUACCUAUUAAUUAUUGUGCAAUUUCAAAUUUAAUUGAUCCCUAUCAUUAUGUUUGGGUUUUUAACUAUUUAUGAAUUGAAUUAAUAAAUUAAUACUAUAUUAUUAUUAUAAUAUGAUAUUAUUGUCUUAAUACUAAAAUAGAAAAUUUGAUAUAACAAACCACACAUUAAAUAAUUUACAAUCAUUAUGUCAAUAUUACAUUUAUGUAUGAAAAGAUACCGUUAAAUAAAAUAAUGGUAGUGUAGAAUAAAUUAUUAUAUAAUAUGUAGAUCAUAUACUUAGAAAAUCUUUGAAGAUAGAUAUUUAAUUGUGUUGAAUUAUGGUUUUUUUUCAAAUUUUAAAAAAUUUAAAGAUUUUUAACAAACUUAUAUGAUAAAAGUAUAUUUAAAAUAUUAUCGCCAUUGAUGUAUUGUACCUAAUAUUUAUUUAAAAUUGCGUGAUUUUCUUUAUAUUAUAUAUUAUUUUAAAAGUCUCCCUGUAUUGUAAAUGUUGCUUAGUGAAUUUUUUUAUUUAAAUUUUUUUUUGCAUGUGUAUAGAAUAUAUAUACCAUAGUGCUGUAUCAUGUGGAUUUACCAAUUUUUUUAAAUAUAAAAUUGGCAAAUUCUCUUGAUACACUUUGUGGAUGUAAUAUACAAAUAUAUAUAUAUAUUAUAUAAAUUAUGUGUAAUAAAAUUUAGUUUAUUUAUAUGUCUAUUUGUAUAAUUAUUUUAGAAUUUGUUAUAUGUAAAAUUCAAAAAAUAAA